AUGUAUUUCUUCCUCUGCAAUCUGUCCUUUAUUGACCUGUGUACCACAACCAGCGCGGUGCCUAUGUCCCUUGUCAACUUACUGAGAGACUGCCCCACUAUCACUUACAAUGAUUGCUAUACCCAAUUGACCAUUUCCCUAUUCUUGGGCAUGACUGAAUGCUGCCUACUGGCUGUCAUGGCUUACGACCGAUUCGUCGCCAUAUCGAACCCCUUGCGUUACACGCUGAUCAUGACAAUGAGGGCUUGCUUCCAGAUUGCUGCCACCAUGUGGAUCAGUACCUUCCUGCUGACUAUAAUUCCUAUAAUCACCAUACCGGCUCAGUUUUGUGCAGGGCACAAUGUAGUGAACCAUUUUGUAUGUGAGUUCGAAGCUGUCUUUAAGCUGGUCUGCUCAGACACCACUUUCAGUGAGAUGCUGCUGUUGAUAAACUCGAUCUUCAUCGUGCCCCUCCCCUUUCUGUUCAUCCUCCUCUCUUAUAUCCGAAUCGUGGUGGCCAUAUUGAAAAUCCCCUCCACAGCUGGGCGGUGGAAAGCUUUCUCCACCUGUGGAUCGCACCUGACUGUGGUGACCAUCUACUACGGGACCAUCAUCUCCAUUUAUGUCAUACCUCAGAACAAAGACAAUAAGGACCGGGACAAAAUCAUCUCUAUAUUUUAUGGAACAGUGAUCCCCUUGGUAAACCCUCUCAUUUAUACAUUGAGAAACAAGGAUGUGGUAGGAGCUUUGAGAAAGGCAGCUGGGAAAAUCAAGCAAGAACUGGAGUAG